AUGGUGCUGCAAGCUAUCCAGUAUGAACCCGCUUCGGCCGACUCAUCCCCAUCCUUGCAAAUUCUCGACCAGCUCGUCCUGCCGCACCGAACGGCUUAUGUUCCGAUCAGAAACUGCGAAGAGGCCCAUGCUGCAAUCAAACAGAUGAAAGUUCGUGGGGCGCCAGCAAUUGCCAUUGUGGCGGCUCUGGCUCUUGCUGUCGAGGUGGGAGGCGAAGUCAAAACAGGGAAGCUUCCUGCAGCUCCUGAAGAGGUGAAGGAUAGCAUAGGUCAGCGGUUGGAUUAUCUCAAGACGAGCAGGCCGACGGCGGUCAAUCUGGGAGAUGCAGUCGGCAAGCUCAAGAUCGUGGCCAAGAAGGCCACAUUGCAGCCUGGGGCGUCUGCCGAGUCAGUUGCUCAAGCCUAUAUUGUUGCCGCCGAACGGAUGCUGGUGGACGAUGUCUCGGACAACAAGUCUAUAGGGGAACAUGGAGCCCGUUGGAUCGAGGAGAACACCGUGGCGGGGAGGAAAAGAAAAGCAGAUAAAGGUCAGGACAUUGCAAUCCUGACACAUUGCAACACUGGGUCUCUGGCAACUGCAGGGUAUGGCACUGCGCUUGGUGUCAUCAGGUCUUUGAGGGCCGCCGACAUGCUCACCCGGGCGUACUGCUCGGAGACUCGGCCGUACAACCAAGGGUCCCGGUUGACCGCCUAUGAACUUGUCCACGACGAGAUCCCCGCCACACUCAUAACGGACUCGAUGGCUUGUGCUCUGAUGGCAAGGGAAGGAGAUCGCCUGGCGGCCAUCGUGGUUGGAGCCGACCGAGUUGCGGCAAAUGGUGACACGGCCAACAAAAUCGGAACGCAUUCUCUUGCUGUCCUUGCCCGCCAUCAUGGGGUGAAAUUUUUGGUUGCCGCCCCUCGGACAACUAUCGACCGAGACACGGCUUCGGGCAAGGACAUUGUCAUCGAGGAAAGAGCACCGGAAGAGGUGACGAGGAUCAAGGGCCCCAGAGUUAAAGCGGACGGAAAGUUACUUCUGGACGAGGGGUCCGAGAUGGUGAGCACCGCUGCAGUUGGAAUUGAUGUAUGGAAUCCUGCUUUUGAUGUGACCCCGGCAGAGCUCAUCGAUGGAGUCAUCACCGAGGUCGGAGUCGUCGAGAAGGUUGAUGGGAAGUUCAAUUUCGGUCCCAUUUUUCCUCAACCCUGA